AUGAUCGCCAACAGACUGAAGUCCUCCGCGGUCACCGCCACCACCGAGGCCACCAUCAGCACACCGGCACGGCAGCAGCAGCAGGACCGAGGCCAGCGCACGGGCAAGGGCAUCGCCGGCGGCGGCACCGAAGGCCUUCCCGGACCCCCGACCCCCAUCGCUCACCGAGUCCACCGUUACACCGGGGCCCCGGGGGACGCCGUCACCAACAGCGCCAAAGUUCGCCACCACCAUCACCGGCGGCGGCGGAGGCAGCGGCGGCAGCAGCAGCAACACGAGUACCAGCGCCGCUGGCCCCUCCACCCCCCCACCAGCCCCUCUUGCCCGAACGACCCCACCCCUGUCACCCGCCUCCCCGUGCCCUCCUUUCCCAGUCCUCAUUUGUCGAUGAUCGGGUGCUGCGGGAGAGUCCAAGCACCCACGGAGGCCCGAGGCGCCCGGCCUGUCGGUGGCCUCGGCUGGGGUCGGACGGCGUCCCGGACUGUCGGGCCUGGGGCGGAGCGAGACGGGGAGCCAGGCGAGCGUCCGGGGGAGGCGGCCGCGAGACGCCGAGACCUCCAGUCGGCCCACCUGCCGGCCAGCCAGCCAGCGAGGCCAAAAGGCUUGGGCCGGCCCGACGGAGCCCGCCAGGCAAGCCAGCCUUGGGCUCGACGGGCGGGUGGCCUCGUGCGCACGCGCAGCCUCGGUCAGCUCGGGGCCAGGGAGACGCACGAGCGAGCUUCGGCUAAAAGGGGUGUGCGGCGGCGGUCUUGCGAGAGGAAGAAGAAAGGCUUCCCUGACCGGGAAUCGAACCCGGGCCGCGGCGCCCGGGCCGCCCCCGGACGCCGGCCCAGGCUCCGCACCAGCGCCUCCUCGCCCUCUCGCCACCGCCUCCGCCGCCUGCCGCAGCCCUGCCCCGACGUGCCGGCCGGCCGCAGCUCUGCGCCGUCGCGGGCGCCACCAGCGGCCGCCCGGCGCCCCACCCGCGCCACCCCCACGCAGCCCUGGCUGCUCCGCAGGCACGACCGCCCGCCGCCUCCGCCGCCCGCCUCUGGGGGCGCUCUCGCCGCCCUGCGGCUCCCGGGCCCUCGGCUGCCCGCCGGGGAGCCCCGCCCCUUGCCCCCUGCCCCCGCCCGGCAGCCGGGCAGCUGUCCGUCGCGUGAGCGAGGAGCCCGUGGCGGCCAGCCUCCCGUCAGGAGGUCCCGGCUGGGCUGGGCCGAGCCCGCACGCGCCAGGGCGCCAGGGCGCCAGGGCCGACGAGGAAGGGCAGGGGGUGCGGGGGGUCGGGUCGACGGCGGGCAGGACGGGCCCCCGCGGUCGCCCCGCGCCUCUGGCCGCACGGGGCCGGGCGGAGGCACGAGGGAGGAGAAGGAGGACAAGGAGGAGAAGGAGGAGAAGGAGGGCCCUGGGGGCCGGCGUACGUUUGGGCAGCGCGGCGGCGGCGCCCGCGACCAAAAGAGGGCGUGUCUCGCCUCCCCGUCGGGGAAUCGAACCCCGGUCUCCCGCGUGACAGGCGGGGAUACUCACCACUAUACUAACGAGGACGGCGGCGGCGGCCGCCCGGGCGCCCGACCCCUCUCCGCCCGCCCGCCCCCGGCCUGCCUGCCUGCCCACGCCCACCCGGGCCCUCGACGUCCCGCGCGCCCGUCCUGCCAGGCGCCCGCCACGUGCCCCGGGCCACGGCCCACCCGGCCCGACCCCCCGGCCGCCCGUCACGCUCACAGCGUCUCCCCCGCCCCUCGGACCCGCCCGCCACCCCCGCCGCCCCCGCCCAGCCGCGCGGGGAUGGCGGCGGGAGAAGACGCCCGACACGGCAAGCAGGGCUGCGCGAGCGAGCCGGAGGCCCCGCGCCGGGGAUGGGCCGCGGCGGGCGGCGGGGGCGGCGGGGCGCGGGGCCGGACGCCGGCAGCAGGUGCGCGCCCCGGGAAGGGGGGGGCGGCGGCGAGGACCGCGGCGAGGGCGGCGGCGCCAGCAGAGUCAGUCGGCGGGCCGUUGGCCUCGUCGACCGGGACGCGAGUCCCGUCCGUCCGUCCGUCCGUCCGUCCGUCGCGCACCCACACGGCCGCCAGCCAGCUCCGGGUCGGCGCCGUCCCAGCCAGCGAGCGGCGCGCCCCAGGCCCGCCGUCAGGAUGGCCGAGCGGUCUAAGGCGCUGCGUUCAGGUCGCAGUCUCCCCUGGAGGCGUGGGUUCGAAUCCCACUCCUGACACGCCCACCUUUUGGCCCGCCCAACGCGGGCUCUCCGCACCCGGGCCUGGACGACGCCCUGUCUGUCCCGCCUUACACGCCGCUGCGGGCUGCGGGCUGCGGGCUGCGGGCUGCGGGCUGGCGGCGCCCUGGCACACGUGGCCCGGGACCCACGCAGCUGCAGCGCCUCGGCCCUCCCGGCCACAGGCUUGGCGCCCCCGCGCCCUCCCUCCCCCGCCACUCCGCUCCCUCGCCUCUCCUCCUCCUCCUCACCCUCCCCGGCAACUCGGCAAGUCGGCGGCACGGCUCUCCGGGGGCUCCGUUUGCCCUCUUCCUUCCCGCCGCCGCCCCCUGCAGGCCAGCCGCGGGCCGAAAUGCCGGCAGCCCCGCGCGGGCCGGGCCACGCUCCCACUGAGGGGCGCGCCUCGCUCGCCUCCUCGCUCUCCCCAGCCCCGCCCUACACCUCCCCCCCCGCCCGCCGGGAGCGCGGGGUCCCCACGGCCUGUCCUUUCCGCCGGCCCCCAUUCAUUCCGUGGUCUCCACCCCCUCCGUCCCCGGGCGCCCACGAGGCGUGGCCACCCGGAGGCCUCACCACGGCCACACGCCCGCCAGGCGGGCAGCCGAGCCCUCCGCGCGCCAGCCAGAGACGGGACCCCCGCCCCGUUCGCUGGGCCUGGCCCGGGGGGCGGGGUUCCACCCCCCGUGGUGGCUCCGGGGAGCCCUGAGCGCAAGGCAGCCCUGCCUCCCCGGGCCCCCUCCGCGCCGGAAGCCGCUGCGGGGCCGGUCCAGGACGCCAGCGCGCUCCCCUCACCGCGCCCCCCCCCCCCACGCCCUCCGCUCCGCCCACGCCCUGCCUCCCCUCACCCCCACCGCAGCCCAGCCGGCCCCGACGGAGAGCUGCGGGCAGAGCUCACACGCCUUUCUUUGGCCUCUUGGCUUGGGCGCUACUCGGCGGCCCCCAUCUCCGACGACGACACCGACGCCGACACGCACACACGCGCACCCACCUCCCCCCCCCCCCCACCCCGCGGCACCCCGGGAGCGCACACAAUCCGAGCUCCGGGCCCCAGCCGGCCCCCGCCGGCGCGCACUGCACGGGCCGGAGAGCCAUCCGCCCAUGGGCCUUCGGGGGGCGCCGGGAGGGAAGGGAAGGUCCGCGCUGAGCUGCGCCGGCCACAGACGCCCCGCGCUGCCUGGGAAUCGGGCGCGGCACGUCGGGUCCACGAACGGCGGCGCACCAGCAUGGGCAUCACGGCCAAGGGCACGGAGGUCACCUCCCCCCCUCGCCCGGCCUCCACGACCCCCGCAGCACUUGGUCCACCACCAACCCCCAGGACCACCAUCCCCACACCAGCACCAGCACCAGCACCAGCACCAGGACUACCACCACCAUGCCAGAAGCAGUUGUACCAGCAGCAGCAGCAGCAGCAGCAGCAGCAGCAGCAGCACGUGCCCACCGCCAGCAGGCCAGCGUAG